AUGCGUUCUUCCUUAACUUUUGCUAUCGUAUUUUUGGUCCUGGCAUGUCUUAAAGUUAAUGCUGAAGAGGAACAAGGCUCUCGAGCAAAGAGGCAAUUAGGAUUGAAUUUGAGUCUCGGCCGCGGAGGUGCUGGUGGCGGAGGACUUGGCGGAGGAAUUGGUGGCAACUCUGGAAUCGGUACUGGAGGCCGUCCUCAGAGCAGCCCAUUUGGUGGUGGUCUUGGUGGUGGCAUUGGUGGUAGCUCUGGAAUUGGUGGCGGUGGUUGGGGCCGUUAA